CUGCAGCAAGUCAAGGAACACCAGUCAUUGAAACCUCGUCGUCUUGAGUAGAGAUAACGUUUUCACGUCUCAUAAAAAUCAUUUCUAUUUCGUUUUCACUUCGAUUUUUAAACAUUUUCUUCGUUGUUCACACUAUAUACGCAACUGUGAGACAUCAGGCAGAUUUCCAACAUACGGUAUUAAAUAUAUAUCGAAGAAUUGCACAACAUAAAAAUAUCGCUAGUUAUAUUCGAAAGUUUUGGUGGAUAAAAUUAAAAGAAAGCAAAUUUCAAAAUUGAUUCAACCAGUGUCCAAAUAUAACUACGUUGUUUUGGGUGGAAAAGGAAAAAAGAAAGAACAAAAGGGUGAGAUAUAUUUUACAAUAUAAAUAUACCUAAAUUGAAGACGGUAGAGGAGACGAAAGGGGACACCGGCGUACAAGAGGACGGUGAAGCAGCACCGUGACUAUGUAAACUACUAACAAAUACUUGUGGCAGCGCGUGCGCACAGCCGAGCACAUUCUUUAGUAACAAUACGAAACAACGAAAUAGCAACGUGAUAAAAAAAUUGCUGACAAUAAAACGAUUAGGUAAAUCAAGGGUACAUAGAGGGUUACUAAAAAAAGUAAAAAAAAGCGGAGAACUGGGCUUUUCUUCAAACAAAGACAAAGAAGCACGCAAACUGGCUCCGGAGGUGAGGAUCAAGCAAAUUGGAAUGAGGGAGGACUUGUUGUCCAUAAUCCGGCACACAAGCAGCGAUCAUUUUUCGGAAGAACUUUAGCCUAAAAGAAAACGGCAGAAGAAAUAAAAAGAAAACUAGCAAUAGGCCAUUGUUUACGAGUAUUCUAUACAAAUAGAGGGCUCUCGCUCGCUGGAUAUUUCAAGUAAAAGUGUUGCCAGGAUUUCAUUCAUCUUUGUUAUUGUCUACUUACUGGCCUUUCACCGUGAGAAGAAGCAAUAAAUCUAAAUCUUUUGUCGUGUUAUGCCCUGGGUCGUUACCUGUUUUGACCUGUUGGCACCGAUUCUUGGUUAUUGUCUGGCCAUAAGAAAAUUAGCACUGCAAGCCGGAAUUUUUCAGGAAGAGAAUAAUAAAUCAAUCAUACGACAGGCAGCUAAUUCAUCCAAUACGUCGAAGAAAAACUCGUUGAGCAGUGAGACCAUGGCUCCGAGUGCUGAGGAACAACGUCAAGAACCUAACAAGGAUAAAAUCAAUAUAAGGACGCAGGGAAUAAUGAAAUCCCCGCGUAAAUUUGCAGGAGUUGUGAUAGCAAUGUGUGGUUUACCAGGUCGUGGAAAAAGCCAAGUUGCUCAAUGUCUUUCGCGUAGGCUCAACUGGAAUGGCGAUUCCACCAAAAUAAUGAGUGUCAGCGACUACCGGAGAAAAAGAUUGGAACCAUACGGUGAAGCAGUGUCGCAUGAGCUAUUUCGUCCUGAUCAUACUGCGAAUACAGCAUUAAGAGCAUUGGCCCAACGAGACGCAAUGCAUGACUGUGCCGCGUGGCUCACAGCCGGGAAUUCCGUAGCUAUCCUGGACGCCACACUGGUAACACGAGCGCAGCGCGCCGAGAUCUUCGAUUAUUUUUCUGGACAACUUGGUUAUCGUGUCCUUUUCAUCGAAUGUAUCUGCGACGAUCCGAUCGUUCUGGAAAGAAAUUACAAGGACAUAUUGCGAUAUAGCGCCGACUAUGCUGGCAUGGAUCCGGUACGAGCUGAGGAAGAUUUACGCCUCAAAGUAGCUCAUUAUAUUAAAUCUUACGAGCCGAUGGACGAGAAGACGUAUCCUCGAAUCCGUAUCGAUACUGGUAGCAUGGACAUCGAGACUUGCAAGGUGUCAGGCCAUGUGGAGUCAAACGUACUUGGAUAUCUUGGAAGUGUCACGGUCAAACCGCAUACUCUUUAUUUCUCUCGGCACGGCGAAAGCGAGUUCAACGUAUUGGGUAAAGUCGGUGGCGAUGCAGUAUUGAGCACACGUGGCGAAAGAUAUGCGCAAGCAUUGGCUACAAAGUUCAAUGCUAUGCGAAUUCCUGAUUUGCGCGUAUUAACCAGUCGUCUUCGAAGGACUAUCGCGACUGCACGUGGAGUAGAAGCACCUCAAGAACACGUAGCGGCACUUAACGAGCUCCACGCUGGUAUCUGUGAAGGUCUUUCUUACGAGGAGAUGCAAGAGCAUUAUCCGCAGGAAUUUGCAUGGCGCGAUCAGGACAAGCUGCGCUAUCGUUAUCCAUGGGGAGAAAGUUACAUAGAUGCGAUGCAACGUGUAGAACCGGUAAUUGCUGAAUUGCAGAGAUCUGACAAUGUCUUAGUGGUUUCCCACCAAGCUAUUCUGCGUUGCAUUAUCGGUUUCUUCAUGGAUAAGAAGCCAGAAGAGCUGCCUUACAUGGAAGUACCAUUGCAUACUAUCAUCCGAGUUAGCAGCCAAGGUUAUAAUUACACGCUCGAAUUUUUCAAGCUACCAAUCGAGUGCGUGAAUACUACCCGUGUCAAGCCGAAUAAUUGUAGCGCUGAUAGAAGCGCGGAUGAUGCUCUGAUAACAGUCCCACCACAUUUCGAUAUACCGGAUCCUUGGAGAAAUCCUGGCAGUGGACCUACUCUCGUCCAGCAACACUGAGAAACCGCACGACGAUCCACGAUCUCGUCGAAAAUUCGAUCUCUGUUCGGUUGCAAUUUCAGAUUUUAAUAGGAAUAUUUUGAAAUUUUGGUUAAAUUUAGAUAGAAUGGGGAUUAAAAUUGAAAUAUUAUAC